GCUGGUGUGCGCCUAUGGUCUCGCGGAAGAUCGUGAACGAGGGAGAGAGAGAGAGAGAAGGUGCGAGUGCGUGCGCGAACGAGCAUAAGUAGAGACAAGCGAGUGUCGCGAUUCGCGAAGUCACUUCGGGGGAGCUUGCGACUUGUCGAGCUUGAGACCUAGUCGGAGGCAGCAGCGGAGCAGCACCGAGGGUCGCGGGGCAGCGCGCGCGCGCCCACCUUUCAGAGGAGGACAAUAAUCUGUGGCGAAAAAAACGGGGUGGUACGCGCAUAAGCCUGGCCUCGAGCGGCGAGUCCGACGACGGUGGGCUCGCUCCGCCACCGCGCAAAAGGUCCCGUAGUUCGUUACCAACUACCCAGAGGCCAGCUGCCGCGGCGGAACCGCUGCUGCACUCCAGCCAGGAGCAGCGCACGGAGCAGACCCACCGUAACGACCAACAAGACGAAGAACAACAAAACGCCAAAGACAUGGACAAUUAUCGUAUGAUGCAGCAGGGUGCCAAUGGUGCAGCAGUCUGUCCGGGAAUGCAGCAAAAUGGAACUGUAUCGGACUCGGGUGGAGCACAGACCAAUGGCAACAUUGCUACCGAUGCGGAUGGCGAUGCUGCUGAGGUUAACGGAGAGGAGACCGAGAGCAUACCAGCCAAGAUUAUGGACAAGACCAAUCAAGACAUCGUUAGGCUCAUUGGUCAGCACUUGAAAACAGUAGGACUCGAGUAUGUUGCGUUUGAGCUUGGUCGGCUGGUACUUAACCACUGGCGACGCUGUGUGGUGUUGUCUUUAGCGGCGAGUGUUAUAUUACCUUGUUCUCUUUGUAGCCGGACAGCUGAUUUGUUGAUGCAGGAAUCCGGAUGUCGUCUGGAUCAUCCAGCGGCUGCAAAGUUUCGCCAACAUGUGAUGGACGGUGAUUGGACCAAGGCUGACCAUGACUUGAACGAACUUAAAGGAUUUUUGAACAGCACCAAUCAGAGUCUCGUCGUAAGAAUUACCUUGUCUAUAAUGCAGCGACGAUAGUGCAAGCCAGCAUCUUAUAUCUUACGUCUGAUUGUAGAAAUGAAGUUCUUACUGCUAGAACAAAAAUAUUUGGAACACUUGGAGGAUGGUUUGGUGCUGGAGGCGCUUCAAGUUUUGAGGAACGAACUCACACCAUUGGGUCAUAAUACCGGUCGUGUUCAUCAGCUCUCUGCGUUUAUGAUGUGCAGUGGGAGGGACGAGUUACAGUCUCGUGCUAAUUGGGAAGGCAAAGGCCUGGCUUCGAGAGCUGCCUUAAUGGACAGAUUGCAAAGAUACCUUCCACCGUCUAUCAUGCUGCCUCCCCGUCGCCUACACUUCCUUCUUUGUCAAGCAGUGGAAAUGCAAACCCAACAGUGCACUUAUCACAUUUCUCAAACACAGACAAACCUGGAAAAUGUCUCGCUACUAGUCGAUCACACGUGCAGUAAAGAGCAAUUCCCAUGUCACACUAUGCAAAUACUCAAUGACCAUUGUGACGAAGUGUGGUAUUGCAAAUUUUCGCCAGAUGGGCUUAAGCUCGCUACAGGCUCCAAAGACAUGUCGGUCAUAAUUUGGGAUAUCGAUCCUGAGACUUUACGAGUAACGCAUAGAAAAACCUUGGAGGGGCACACGUACGGCGUAGCACUGAUCGCCUGGAGUCCCGAUAGCAGUCACUUGAUCGCAUGCGGUCCGGAAGAUUGUCCAGAAUUAUGGCUGUGGAGUGUCGAUACACCCGAUUGUGAAUUGCGAGUGAAAUUAACCCAGAGUACGGAAGACUCGUUGACCGCCUGUGCUUGGCAUCGCGAUUCUAAUAAAUUUGUUACGGGUGGAUUGCGUGGACAAUUUUACCAAUGUGAUAUGGAAGGUAAUGUUUUGGAUUCGUGGGAAGGAGUUAGAGUGAAGAGUCUUUGGUGUCGAAGCGAUGGAAAAACGGUAUUGGCCGCGGACUCUCAUCAUCGCAUUCGUGGCUACAAUUUCGACGAGUUAAGCGAAUUCACAAUCUUGCAAGAGGAUCAUCCGAUUAUGUCCUUUAGCGUAAAUAAAUCGGAUCGUCAAGCUUUAUUGAACGUUGCCCAUCAAGGUGUUCAUCUUUGGGAUUUGCAGGAUAGAUGUUUGAUCAGACGUUUUCAAGGAGUCACUCAAGGGCAUUUUACCAUUCACAGUUGUUUUGGAGGCGUUAGUCAAGAUUUUAUUGCUUCGGGCAGCGAAGACAACAAAGUUUACGUAUGGCACAUAAAGAAAGAGUUACCCAUAGCCACACUAACGGGACACAGCCGAACGGUUAAUUGUGUUUCCUGGAAUCCUGUUUAUCAUCAAAUGAUGGCUUCAGUUUCAGACGAUUGUACUAUAAGAAUAUGGGGACCUAAGACCUCAUCCGCGGAAGCUUCGGAGAACAACACUUCAAAUGGUAGUGGAUGGCAUGAGAUGGUAUCGUAGCAAACGUGGUCCCAAUCAUGUUCCCAUAGCCCAAUGGUGUUCAAAAGACUGUCGUGUUGACUAUCACUUGAAUUCUCCUCACCUUUAAUAAUUUUGUUACAUGUCACGGCUACUGACACUAUCGCGCGAUCCCCUCGUGUGCUAAGAUGCAGUGUGUCAAGAAAUAUGAUCAAGAAUUCAGUUGUUCAGUUAUAAUCGAUUGAAGAAAGAACUGAAAAAAAAGAGCAAUCAAGUGAUACUUGAAUAUUGUGACUUCAUUAUUCUCGCUUCAGUGAGUCGCGAAUCUAUAAUAUGAAUAUAUAACUAAAUUAAUUUACUAGUUCCUGGUAAAAUGAUUUUUAUUUUC